AUUCUGCAUGUAUUUCAAGAAUGAAAAUAUGAAAAGGAAGUUUUGACAUCUUACAUUUAAUUUCCAUUCAUAGGGAAAUGAGAAUUGCAACGUCACUCUGCCAAAUUUGGAAGAACAUAAGUACCUCGAUCCUGGGCAUGCCCAGCCAAAGAUUUGCACUUCAAUUUGUUAUCCAAUUUUCAAAGCCACCAUAAUCAGAUUUGGAUCCAUGAGGGAAGAAGGGUGAUUUCCGUCUACCUUUUGCAGAGUCCAUCUGUCAGUGGUGCGCCAGAAAUAUGAUACAUGUGCCCGGGAUUGUACUUCAGUUCUGCAGCAGAUGCUACAGUGACAAUAGGUCAUUUUUAGAUUGUACAGUAAUCUAAUUGAAUGCAAGGGUCUUUGUGGAAUGUGUGAAUUGGACAUGUCUACUUGGAAUCCCCUUUCCAUAUCUUGGAAAUAAUACUGAAAUGCUUUUGUAGCACACACAAGAUGCCAUUUCUUCCUCUUAGGUCACUACACAAUUCCUAUCCAGUGGAGGGUACAGGAUGCCACUAUGGUCAGGUCUUUGCAUCAAUUUACUUCUACAUCGUCUUUUUCUUUGUUCAUAUGCUGACCUGCCUUGGACUCAGUGCACAAAUCUACUUUAUGGGCACCGUCAGGAUUGAUGGCGGUGUUUUCAAAAGAACAUUCCUAGUUUGCAAGUCAGAUAUAUUCACCUGUGCAAGACCAACUCAUCCGACCAGAAUAGCUCUUCUUACUGUGGGAAUCGUAGUCAAUCUAGCAUUGAGUAUUCUAGGACUCGUGACCCAACCGAUGGACUUUGCCUCCUAUCUUCUUGCCAUCAUGAUAGUUAACAUGCUCCUGUAUCUUUCAUUCUACUUUAUUAUGAAACUUAUUUGUCGAGAGAAGAUCCUCCUGGUUGUUAUCAUUCUUAUAACACUGACGCUCUUUCUUUGGGCAGCAGCUCUUUAUUUCUUCCAGAUCAAAAACACUGGUUGGCAGUAUUCAGCAGCUCAAUCCAGGGAACUAAACGCUGACUGUACUAUAAUGGGGUUUUAUGAUGGACACGACACAUGGCACUUCAUCUCAGCGUUAGCUCUCUUCGUUUCCUUCGUGGGUGUUCUUCUCCUUGAUGAUGAUUUGGACCAGACGCCAAGAAACAAGAUCCGGGUUUUCUAACUCCAACUACUAAAACCAUAAAACCAAAGAUGGGGAGCAGUUAUGCAAACGUUAUUAGUACAUGGAUUAGAAUACUACGAACGGCCUGAUAUGUUUAUAAAGGCCACCGCACACCUUGCGACUAGUCUUCAUUCCGAUUUUGC